GCGCAGUGCUCCGCGGCCGCCGAGCCGAGCGGACGACCCUCGAGGCCGCACCGCAGCCUCCGCGCCUUCCCCUAUCAUGCCCCGGGCCCGGGCCGGGGCCGCCCAAGCAGCCAGGACAUCAUGCCCGAGGGCGACGGCGGGGAGGCGCCCGCUCUCAUCCCGGACAGCGAGCCGCUGCGGGAAGAGCAGCGGCCCCUGAAGCAGUCCCUGGGAAGCUCCCUAUGCCGAGAGUCGCACUGGAAGUGCCUGCUCCUCACACUCCUCAUCCAUGCCUGUGGUGCAGUGGUGGCCUGGUGUCGCCUUGCCACUGUGCCGCGGCUGGUCCUGGGGCCCGAGGCAGCCUUGGCUCGUGGGGCAGGGGGACCGCCACCCACCUACCCGGCUAGCCCCUGCUCCGAUGGCUACCUGUACAUCCCACUGGCCUUUGUCUCCCUCCUCUACCUCCUCUACCUGGCAGAGUGCUGGCACUGCCACGUGCGGUCAUGCCAAGCGCCUCGCACAGAUGCCAACACCGUGCUCGCCCUGAUCCGCCGGCUGCAGCAGGCACCGCCCUGUGUCUGGUGGAAGGCCACCAGCUACCACUAUGUGCGCCGCACACGCCAGAUCACUCGCUACCGCAACGGCGACGCCUACACCACCACGCAGGUCUACCACGAGAGGGCUGACAGUCGCACAGCUCGGGGUGAGUUUGACUACUCGGCCCAUGGUGUCCGCGACGUCUCCAAGGAGCUGGUGGGCCUGGCUGACCACGCAGCCACACGGCUGCGCUUCACCAAGUGCUUCAGCUUUGGCAGUGCUGAGGCCGAGGCCUCGUACCUCACACAGAGGGCCCGAUUCUUCAGCGCCAACGAGGGCCUGGACGACUACCUGGAGGCCCGCGAGGGUAUGCACCUGAAGGACGUGGACUUCCGUGAGUCCCUCAUGGUCUUUGCCGACCCCCGCAGCCCACCCUGGUAUGCCCGUGCCUGGGUCUUCUGGCUCGUGUCAGCAGCCACCCUGUCCUGGCCCCUGAGGGUUGUGGCGGCCUAUGGCACUGCCCACGUCCACUACCAGGUAGAGAAGCUUUUUGGCGCCAGCUCACCUCCUCCAGGGGCCAUGCCCAGCGGGCCACCACUGUCCCGGGUGGCCACGGUGGACUUCACCGAGCUGGAGUGGCACAUCUGCUCCAACCGGCAGCUGGUGCCCAGCUACUCAGAGGCUGUGGUCAUGGGUGCCAGCUCGGGUGCCUACCUUCGGGGCUGCCAGCGCUGCCGCCGCUCCGUCAGCAGCAACUCGCUGCCUCCUGCCCGGCCUAGUGGCCCCCGCCUGCCCUUCAGCCGAAGCCGCCUCUCACUGGGCACCGGGGGCCGGGCCACCCCAGGGGUCUUCCGCAGCCUGAGUGGGGGGCCAUUGGGGCGCCGUGGAGAGGACACCGAACCCUUGGAAAGCCCACCAUGCUACGAGGAUGCCCUUUACUUCCCGGUGCUCAUUGUCCAUGGGGACAGCGGCUGCCGGGGAGAUGGGCAGGGUGCGCUCUGAGACCCCCCGUGGCCCUGGCAUGUCUCCCUCCUCACCAGCCCACCAUGGGCUUGGAUUCCUGAUACUUGUCCAAACCAGGAGGGCAAGCAGACCAGCCACGCACGGGUCAGGUGGGGCGGGGUUCCUUAGACAAACUAAAAUGCAGUGACCUGGGGUCAUUCUGGGGGGAGGGAUGCCACCUGAGUUGAGCCUAUGAUCCAUCCCCAGCAACCCCAUCCAUCCCCCGCCUCCCACCCCUGCCAUAGUGGAUGAACUGCUUGGGGGCCGAAGCAGGGAAAGAAGCUUCCAGAAAGGCUGGGAUGGGGAGGAGCCCUGAGGACAGCUGUUACCUGCGGCAAAGAACUGCCUAUGGGCUCCUCCCUGCCAUGGCUGAGACCACACUGGGGGCCCUCGAGCAAUCCAGAAGCACAAAUGGGCAGUUUUGGGCUGUGCCCAGCUGGGCUGCCCUUCUGAAGCUGAAGAGCUGGCAGUGAUGGCCCCACUACUUGCCCAGUCCCCUUAGUCUCCUGCUAGUCCCAUCCUGCCUGUCCUCUCGCCUCUGCUCACGCCCAGUCCUUGAUGUGACCCUGUGGUGUGGCCCCUCCCCUGAGAGCCUGGUUCUUGGAACACAGCUUUGCACCCUUUUCUCCCUGGUACCCACUACACCCAUCCCACAUCCAGCUCCCUUUAGAACCUGGGGUCUCACUCAGGACCCCACCAUGAUCCGACAUUCCCUGGUCUCCACUCCUGCCUCCCAAAGUCUACAUCCACCUCUGUCAGCCACAUACAUACCCACCUGUCCUUGCUUUUGCAGGCUUCUCUGCUCUUUGCCUUUCUAAUUUCCACAGGAUGCAGGGCCACAGGGCAUCCGAGGGGCCCUGGCCUAGCCACAGCCUCUUGGACGAUGCCCUUGCCCUCCUCUGGAAGCCCCUGCUUCUCCCACAGUGGAGCCUGGCCCAGGGGACAUCAUCCCUCCCCCAAGGAGGAGAGAGGAGUCCCUUCCCUUCCAACUGGGGCUUCCACCCCUCUCAGGGGCAGGCAGGGGAGGGAGGAGGCAGAGAAGGUACAGACUAAAUAAAGUUUUGAACUGGAA